UUUGUUCUCUUUUCUAUCAAGCAACGUCAAGUUGUGAGUUGUGUUUGCGUCGCGCUGCUGGACUAAUAAAUUUCUAUAUUAAUUAUACAAGGAAACAUUAAAUUAAAACAAAAUGUCUCAUAUGGUUAAAAUGGAAAAUGGUCAAAGCCAAACGAUUCAAGAGAUGCUGGGUUGCAUUGAACGGUAUAAUCCGGAUCAUUUGAAAACAUUGGAAGCUUAUGUAGAGGAUCAAGCUAAGAAUAACACCUACGACUUGGAGGCAAAUCUCGCAGUGCUGAAGCUAUACCAAUUCAACCCACACAUGCUUAACUACGAUAUCACAUAUACAAUUCUAUUGAAGUGCUUGACAAACCUGCCACAUACAGAUUUUGUUAUGGCCAAAUGUUUAUUAUUACCCCAACAAAUGAAGGAUGGCACCGUACAGACCAUCAUCGAUUUGGCUGAUAUAUUAGAGCGUACAGAUUUUACUUUAUUCUGGCAACGUGCCGAAGUAAACCGUUCAAUGUUUCGUCAUAUUGCUGGUUUCCACGAUUCCAUACGUAAAUUUGUAUGCCAUGUUGUUGGCAUUACUUUCCAAAAUAUCAGAAAAGAUCUACUAAAAGAACUUUUGGGUGGCAUUGAAGAUUCUACACUUGAUCAAUGGAUGAAGAAAUAUGGUUGGAAACAUCAAGGCAAUUUGGUCAUCAUUGCUGUCCAAGAUGAGAAGAUUAAAACGAAAAAUAUUACGGAAAAAAUUGAAUUCGAUAACUUGGGUGGCUUAAUGGCCCAAUGCUUGUAAAUUAACUGUAUUUACAUGUUUACCAAACACGGGUUUAUGAACACAGCAUAGAAAUCUAAGCUGGAAAGAAAAUAAAAUCUAAUAUAUUUUUAAAUAACAAUA